AAGCGACUUACAGUGCACUUAUUACAGGGACAAUCCACCUGGAGCAACCUGGAGUUAAGUGCCUUGCUCAAGGACACAAUGGUGGUGGCCGUGGGGAUCGACGUACUUGACGUCACUUAGUACAGAAUCUGUGAACGGCUUGUUCUGAGACAGUGCUUAUGAUUAAUGGAGAUUUAAAAAAAAGGACUGGGUGGAUUUUUUGCAUUAUUGGGUGAUUGUGUACACACACUGCCAACACACAUUUAUGUCCAGACACCAUAUAAAAGUGAAUUUUGCAUAAUAGGUCCCAUUUAAAGGAAUAGUUCACUCAAAAAUGAAAAUUAUCACAUCGACUACUCACCAUCAUGCAUCCCAGAUUUGUAGGACUUUCUUUCUUCAGCAGAACACAAAUUAAUAUUUUUAGAAGAAUUUCACAGCUCUUUUGGUCCAUAAAAGGCAAAAUUUCAAAAAAGUCACCAUAAAAAUAAUCCAUUUAACUUUCAGGUUCACAUACUUCUUGUGUUUUGGUGAUUCACAUUCUACAUGGAUAUGCCCCCUGCUGGGCAGGCUGAAGAAUUUCAAGCAAAAAUGUAUUUAAAUAUUGCUGUAUUUCUCACAAACACCUAUAGUAUCUCUUCAAAAGAUAUGGAUUUAAACACUGGAGUCAUUUGGAUUACCUUUAUGCUGCCUUACUGUGAUUUUUGGAGUGUCAAAAUUUUGGCACCAUUCACUUGCAUUGUAUGGACCUACAGAGCUGAAAUAUUCUUCUAAAAUCUUCAUUUGUGUGCUGCAGAAGAAAGAAAGUUAUACACAUCUGGGAUGGCAUGAGGUUGAGUAAAUGAUGUAAGAAUCUUAAUUUUUGAGUGAACUAUCCUUUAAACUUUACUGGUUUUGACUGUCUUUAAAAGGAAAUAACCAUCUGAUCAGACAAAUUGUGGAUACAUACACAAGCAUGAGAACUUCACAGAUCUUAUUCAGUCUGUCUUAUAUCAACAUGCAGAGACAAAGCUGAAACACACAUCUGAAUCUCCUUUAAUACAGGUAAUCUAAUCAAAUUUCAGCUGCAUCUGGGAGAAACAGCUUGUAAGUUUUAUUUGCACUUUCUUUUUUUUUUUUUAAUGGCAUUUAUGCGGUGUAUAAUCAUGCAGUAACACAAUGACCGUGAUUGCUGUAUGUCCUCAUGAAAUCAGAGACCCUCUCCUCAAAAUCUGAACAGAAGUGGUCACAGCUGACCACAUGUGGUCUGAUCACUGAAAACGCAUGUUUUACGCCUAAACAUGUCCAAACAUUUAGAGUAAAGCAUAUUUACAUUUAUGCAUUUGGCAGACGCUUUUAUCCAAAGCACAGUUUUUAUUACAGUGCACUUAUUACAGGGACAAUCCCCCCCGGAGCAACCUGGAGUUAAGUGCCUUACUCAAGGACACAAUGGUGGUGUCCGUGGGGUUAGAACCUGCGACCUUCUGAUUAACAGCCCUGUGCUUUAGCCACUACGCCACCACCACUCACAUAUUUUCAUUGCAUACUGUAUCUCUGCAUGUAGGUCAGCUAUGUUUAGCCGGCUGACCCAGGGGGUGACCUCUGUCCUUCACGAGCUCUCCGGCGAGGAACGUUCCGAUGGAGACUCCCAGGAUGGUCUGGUCCCUCAACCCCAGCCUGAUGCAGAAGCAUCCCUGGAGGGUCCGGGACCCUCAGAAGAGGCUGUGGAGAGACUGGCACAGACAGAGCAGCUGGUUGUUCAACUGAAGGAGUUGAUUCGAGAUAAGGACAUCCAGCUAGCCAGCACUAAGAGACAGCUUAAGGAGGAAAAAGAACAAGCAGAGGUCAAGUUUACAAAGCUUAAACUGCAGGCCAAAGCCAAGAUGGCUGCCCUAAACAAACAGAUCUCUGAGCUGAAAGGACAAGAAGUGUUGAACAGCAGUCAGAAUUCAGAGAGCUCCUUCACGAUGGCUCCAGGAGUGGAGGAGGAACUCCAACAGCUCAGAGAGAAGCUCAGUCUGGCGGAAUCAUCCAACAAGAUCCUUCAACAGCAGCUCUGGGAAGCUGAACAGCGUAUUAGAGAAGAGGGACACGCAGAGCAGGUGCGAGUCCUGCAGACUGUGGUGAAGGAAAAGGACGUCCGAUUCCAGGAACAAAUCCUUAAACAUGAACAGGAACUCCUCAGUCUCACUCAGGCCUCAAACAACAGUGAUUUACAGCAGGCUCUGAAUGCAUCCCAGCAACGCAUAGAGGAGCUGGAGGAAUCCCUGCGCUCUCGUUCAGAGGUAUUAGAAAUGUUACAACAGGAGCUUAACAGUGCAGACCAGCAAAAACAGAUUCUGACUGCUCAGUUCAGGCAGAUGGAAUUGGAGUUAGCAGAAGCCCAAAGACUGAGAGAAGAGGAAAGGCAACAGAGUAUCAUGCAAACUGAUGAGGAAAUGCAGGCUCUUAGAACCAGACUGGAUGCAUCAGAUAAUGAAAAAGACCAGACCAUCAAUGCUCUCAAUUCUGAAUUACUGAAAAAGACCACAGAGCUUGAGAAAAUGAGAGCUAAGCUUGAAGAUGAAGAAAGAGAAAAGGUUGAAAGGCUGGAGAAAUAUAGAGAAAUAGAGACUACCUUCAAAACUGAACUGGCCGAUAUGCAAGCAUGUUUUGAAGCCAGACUGGAGAGGUCUGAGAGUGAAAGAAACCAGACCAUCAAUGCUCUCAACUCUGAAUUACUUAAAAAGACCACAGAGCUUGAGAAAAUGAGAGCUAAGCUUGAAGAUGAAGAAAGAGAAAAGGUUGAAAGGCUGGAGAAAUAUAGAGAAAUAGAGACUACCUUCAAAACUGAACUGGCCGAUAUGCAAGCAUGUUUUGAAGCCAGACUGGAGAGGUCUGAGAGUGAAAGAAACCAGACCAUCAAUGCUCUCAACUCUGAAUUACUUAAAAAGACCACAGAGAUAGACGUGCUAAACAGAGCUAAACUUGAAGAUGAAGAAAGAGAGAAGAAUGAAGUUCUAGAGAAAUUAAAAGAGAGAGAGACUGAACUGGCCAACAUGCAAUCAUUUUUAGAAGCCAGAUUGGAGGGAUCCAAAAAUGAGAGAGAGCAGACCAUUAAUGCUCUCAAUGCUGAACUACUAAAAAAGACGACAGAACUAGAUGAAUUGAGGGGAAAACUUGCAGCUGAAGAAAGAGAAAGGAUGGAGACUAUACAGGAGAGACAAACAAGCUUUGAGACAGAGCUAGCCAACUUGCGCAAAUGUUUGGAAUUUGCAGAGAAACAGAAAGAGGAGAUGACAAAGAAGCUAGAGGUGGAGGUUGCAAGUCAUGUGGUAGAACUUCAGCAUCUCCAGGAGAAGCUGAAUGAAGUGGAGAGAGAGAGGGAGGAAGGAUCUAAGAGUGAACGAGAUCAUUUAGCACAGAUGCAAAACGAGCUUGAGUCCUUAAACGAGAGACUGGAUGCAACCAAAGAGGAUCAAGAAGCAGGACUCCAAGCAAAAGAUGUACUGGAGAAACUGUGGAGAGGAAUUCAUUCUUUGAUGAUUGUUGAGGAAGAAGAGGUGGAAAUAUCUACCCCUACUGAUCCAGCACAGUUCUUAGAGGUGUUACCUACCUUGGAAGCCCGGCUGGGAAACCUUACAGCUGAACAGCAGGAGAGUCAAACACGAAUGUCUCAAAUCACUCUAACUCUACAAUGUUUGCAAGGUCAACUGGAUAAAAGCACAGCUGAAGAAGAGGAAGCAGUUGCUAGGAUACGGGAACUGGAACAACAACUUCUCACUCUUCAGGUUGCUGGUGAGUCAUUAGGUGAUCAUGUGACUGACCUGUCUGUGAGGGAUUUCGACAGGGCACACCAGGAUGGCAGUGGAGAUGCAUCUGCAUCACAGACAGAUCAGACUCUGUUUCUGGAGCAGCAACUUGCAGACAGGGAAAGGGAGCUUUCUGAUCUUAGAGAAAAACUGUUGCUCACCACAGACCAAACUCUGAAAAUGUCAGAUUUGGAAAGUAAUGACAUUGUAAGCACAGGCCACAUAGCUGGGUUGCACGACAACUCUACAGCUCUAUAUGAGGUUCUCGAGGACACACCAGAGGAAGAGAUGACACUUGUUGCAGUGGACACCUCUGCUCUGUCUAUCUCUGCUGGCAAUGAGAGUAGCCCUGAGCUUAUAGCACCACAGCUUGAGUCACCUGGAGAAUCAAAGGGUACUUCCUCAGAUGAAAUGGUGACUAGCAGUGAUUCAGAAGUAGCACAUAGCAGCUGGACUCUUUUGGAAGCAGUAAACCAAGAUGGCCCUCAGGAGUGGCCUCCCCAAGUUCAGGACUUUGCCACAUUACACUUAUCAACUCAAUCUUGGGAGGAGACCUGUGAAGAGCAGGUCACAUCAACUAGCUGUAUAGUUGAUAUUCAGUCACCAUCUUUAGUUAUCCAUGAAACUGUACAGGUACGCCUUGGCCAGCAGGAGGGAAGUCUGCUAAAUACUGAUUCAGGCACUGGUCAGGAUUUUGCACAGAUAUUAUCAGAAGAGAUUCAGAAAAGAUACAGCGAACUUCUGGGAGAGCUUCAGCAGCUGAGAGAAUCAUCCUUCCAAUCCCAAGAUAAAGUAAAUCAGCUGGAGGAAGAAUUGAAGUCAGUGAAAAUGAACAGAAAUGAGGCUGAAACAAGGGCAAACAUCUGUGAAAAAGGGCUGAUGGAAGCUAAGGCAUUGAUCCAGGAAAAAAAAGUAGAUGCACAAAGUGUCGCUCAGCAGUUUGAGAACUUACAUGAAGAGGUUCGCUACAAAGAUGAGAAGAUGCAAGUCUUACAGGUAGACCUAGAUGAAGCCCAGCGAAGACUUGUUGAACAAGAGGGACAAGCUAGAAUGCUGGCUGCUCAACUGGAGGACAGAGAGCUCACCUCCUCCAAACUGGAACAGAAGCUCUUGGAUAUGGAGGGCAGGUUACUGCAGAUCUCUCAGGAGGCCGACAUGAAUAAAGCUUCAUUCACUGACAGGACUGCAGAGCUGGAAGUCUUAAAAAAGUGUCUUACACAGAAAGACCAGGAGAUGAUGGAGCUUAACGAUAGCAUGACUGCCAAAUUACUCCAGGCUGGCGAGGAAAAGUUUGCAAUAUCUAAUGAAGUCAAAAAGCUAAAAGUGCAAAUGUCUGAACUUGAGAGGGCCUGGGAUGAGCAGCAAAAAAGCAAAGAUGAUAAAACAGCAGAAAGUGAGGAACUUAUUGCUUUACGAAAGGAGAAGGAAGACAUGGUUGUUCAGAUGGAUGCUUUAAAGAAAGAUGGAGAGCAGGUAAAGAAAAAGCUGCAGGCAGCUCUGAUACAGCGGAAGGAAUUGAUGAAAAAAGUUGCAGAGUUUAAGAAGGAGGCUGAGAGCAGGGAAGAAAAGGAAAGUGAUGAUAAUGAGGGUAUGACUCUUCAGUUAAAAAAAGAGCAGGAAAUACAGAAGCUUGAAACAUUGUUGCAAGAGAGCAGAGAAGCCUUGAAUUCAAAGGAUGAGACCUUGGUGCAUUUGGAACAAAAAAUCAAAAACCAAGAGCAAGCAUUGUCUGAGUCGCAUGCACAAAUACAGCAUCUGACGGAGCAGUAUGUUAAAAUGAAUGAACAACAAGUGUUGCAGGCAGAUGAGGACAAAAAAAGACUUCUUUCACAGAUAACAUCCAUGAAAUCUGACUUUGAAACUUUGCAGAGAAAGCUCCAGGAAGCUACUGAUGCCAAUGAAGAUGCUGUUGUGAAAGAUUGCCAUUAUCUUGAGCUGAUGAAACAGCAGAAAGAAGAGUACGGUGUCCUUCUUAAGCACUUCCAAACUGAAGAGGGAGAGAAAUCUGAGUUGUUGAAUCGUAUUAAGGAACUAGAGGGUCUUAUAGAAUCAAAGACUGCUGGAGAUGAAGUGGUGAGUGUGAAUGUACAGGGAAAGUUGGGGUCUACCUUACAGAAUCUAGAAAAAACAGAGACAAAUGAUUGGGUUCAAGAGGAUUGGGUGGAUUUCUCUUCAGCUGCGACAGAGACACAACAACAGCACAAAUCUGGUCAGCAGCUUCCACAGAUCAGAGAUCAAGAUGAAAUUAUUAAUGCUGUCCAGGAGGAGAUUAAAGCUGAGCAAGCUGACCAUGUGGACUUAGAGCUACGGCUACAAGAAAGCCAGGCCUCCCAGUCAAACGUAGAAAUCAAGUUCCAAGAACUUUGUAAGGAACUUGAAGGUUUGAGGGAAAAGGAGAGGCAGAUUGAUGCUCUCACCAAGGAGAUGGAGGCUCUUAGAGAGAAGUGUCAGAGAGCAGAAGCUCAUACAGAAACGCUGAAAGAAGAGGUAGAUGAGGCUUGGAAAGCAGCUAAAAGAAGCAUCUCAGAUGCUGAGUCCCCCAUCAGAGCUCUUCAGUCAGAAGUGGAGGAAUUUCAACUGUUUCUGAAAAACAAGAAUGAUGAGAUUGUUGAUCUAAGUCAACAGUUGAGUGAACAAAGGUCCCUUUUACUUAAGAUGCAGGAAACCGUAUCAGAGAAAGAUCAGCAAAUUGCUUCCUUACAAGAAGGACUUAAAGCUGAGCAAGAUAGGAUUCAAAAACUUGAAGCAGAAAUGCCACAACGAGAGGAAGAAGAGAAGGGUAACAAUGGCAAACUACAGCAGCUUCAGCGCAAACUGCAGGCCGCUCUUUUGUCACGCAAGGAGGCUCUCAGAGAGAACCAGGCCCUCAAGGAAAAACAUACUGCUGCUGAAAAGGUCAAAUUAGAGCUACAACAGAAGCUUGAGUUUGUGGAAACGGAGCUGAACAAAUCAAGAGAAGAAAAGGAGAAGUUAAUUGAGGAGGUGGAUCGAACUUUAUUGGAAAAUCAGAGUCUAAGUGCCUCCUGUGAGAGUCUUAAACUUGCUAUGGAGGGUGUUUUGAAUGAGAAGGAUGCAUUCAAACAUCAAGCUGAGAGUGCCAAAGAGGAAGCCAAACAAAUGUGCAAACAGCUGGAAGAAAAAGUGCAAAAUAUGAAAGAGGAGUAUGAGACCCUCCUCAAAUCAUAUGAGAAUGUGAGUGAUGAGGCUGAACGAGUGAGACGAGUGCUUGAAGCUGCUCGACAGGAGAGGCAAGAGUUGGCAGCCAAGGCACGAGCUCAUGAGACAGCCAGACAAGAGGCAGAGAGACUGGCAGAGGAAGCUAUGAAGGAGGUGGAUAUUAUGAAAGAGAAAAUGAGGAAGUUUGCCAAGGUCAAGCAUCAGAAAAUUAUGGAUCUAGAGGAGGAGAAUGAAAGGCUUAGGGAGCAAGAGGAGAAGAAAGGGGCCAGACAUGCAGAAACCGAAUUGAAACAAGCGCUGGAGAGAAUCAAAGAAGAGUUUGAGACCUUAAAGGCAAAUCACAAUACUGUAAUAGAUGAGAAAAACUCUUUGGAACAGCACGCUGAGGAGUUGAGAAACCUUUUGGCUAAAGAAAUGGACAGAAAAGACAGUGAAACUCUGGAUGCAAGCUCCAUAGAGACUUUAACAGAGGUUAGAGUCAUCACACGGCAGAGAAGUGAAAGCCAACAGUACCUGGGCAAUACUAGUUCUAACCUACAACUACAGCCAGAAGAAUCAAUUUCUGCCCUACCUGAUCAUGAAGUAACAGAAGUGCAAGCAAAUAUUGAAAUUAUUUCCCAAGCAGAAGAAAGGCUCAGGGAACUGGAGACCUCUCUCAAAACAGCAGAGUGUAAGAUAAGAGAACUUGAAUCUGCUCUUGAAGAUCAGAAGGAAUCCAGAAACAAGCAAGAAUCCAUGCUUAAAUCUGAAUUGGCUUCCCUCAAACAACAAAUUCAGGAGUCUUUAGAAAGAGAGGUGAUCCAGAAAGAAGAGAACUCCAAGAAAGAGAGCCAACUUCAGAAUCUGCGCACCAGUCUAGAGGCUGAAAGGGAUGACUUGGAGGAACGGUUGAUGAACCAACUGGCCCAGCUUAAUGGCAGCAUUGCAGGCUACCAGCAAGAGGCAGCCAACAGUCGUGAUCGCCUCACAGACAUGCAGCGGGAACUAGAGAAAUUGGAGCAAGAGCGAGCUGAGCUGGAGACUGAGGUGACAAGUGAGAGGGACCGGGCAGCCAGGAUAGAAGAGGACAUGAGGCAGGCCCAACAAAAGAGAGCUGAGGCAGAGGCUGAGGCAGGCAAACAGAGAGAGCUGGAGCAAAAGUUGAAAUCAGCACAGAGGUUUAAAGAAGGUUGUCAAAACAGAACACGGCAGCUCGAGGAACUGCUAAGAGAGAAGCAGCUGGAAGUCCGUCAGCAGCAGAAAGACUGCAUUGAGUACCAGGAAAGAAUCAGCGAACUGGGUAAAGAAGUUAAGUCAUUGCUGUUGGGUGGAAAUGAGGUGCAGGGUGAACUUAAGGCAACACACUUGGAAGUCGCUAAGAUUAUGCAAGAGAGAACAAAAGUUGAAUCUGAGCUUUCAGAAUGUAAAAGGAAACUGGACAUGGCACUGGAGGAGGUGAAGCAGGCCCAGGCAGGCAAACUGGCAACAGAACAAAAGGCAAAACAACAGGAGGCUGACUUGAAAGCAGAUGCGGAGCGUACCCUGGAUGAAGUCAGGUAUCGGCUUGGAGCAGAGCUUAAGCAGAUGGAACUGAGACUAGAAAAAGCCUACAGAGAACGGGAGAAGGAGGAAGAGGCAACUCUGGAGGCAAGGAGUGUUACUGAGGCUGCAGACAGGCAUGCUCAGAAAAUGCAGGCCCGUCUGGACGAAGCACUGGCUCGGUUGGCUGCCUUCUCGCGCUCCAUGUCCUCCCUGCAGGAUGAUCGUGAUCGAGUGCUGGAUGAAGCAAAGCAAUGGGAGAGUCGCUUUCAUAGAGAACUACAGGAAAAGGAGGCUGAUGUUCGGAAAGCGGAGACCCAUGCUAAAGAACUCGCUGAACAACUGCAGAGAGAGAUGUCCCAAAAAGACGAACUGCAGAGUUUAUUGGAAAGGAUGCAGAAAGCAGAAGAGAACCUACAGCUACAACUUGAUGAGGUGGAAAAUAAACAUAGUGAAAGCCUUGCAGGUUUUGAGAAAGAAAAAGAAGACCUACAGCAAAAACUUACUCAGGCAGAAAACAACCUGGCCCAAACUCGCUCCCAGCUGACCUCCCUGGAGACAGAAGCAGAGGAACUCCGCCACCGUGCUAAUGCUCUAGAAGACACAGUAGACAAGCUUCAGAGCGAGAAUAAUGAGGCACGUACAGCGAUUAAGGAAAGAGAGACAGAGGAAAGGAGACUAUGCUUGAGGCUGGAGCAACUUGAGACAGACUUGGGCUCUUCAAAGAACCUUACUGAAUCCCUUCAGGCAGCUUUGGAUGAGAAGGAAAAAAGGGAAUUGGAGCUCCUUGGUGAGAAAGAGCAAGCAGUGACACAGGCUGUAGAGGAGGCCAGGAAAGAUGCAGAUGAAAGGGCAGACAUGGCAGAGAAAGAGCUGGAGGAGAGGAGAGUGGAGUUGCGUGGUUUAGAGGAGAGACUUCGUAAAGCUGUGGAGAAUGCCUUCCAGAGCAGAGCUCAAUUGGAGUCUUUCACCAAGGCUAUGGGCUCCCUGCAGGAUGAUAGAGACAGGGUGCUCAGCCAAUACAAACAGCUAGAGGAACGACACCUCCAAGUUAUGAUGGAGAAGGACAACCUUAUCCAAGAGGCUGCAGGUGAGAAUAACGGGCUAAAGGAGGAGCUUCGAGUCCUAUUGUCACAGCGGGAUGACCUCAAUGCUGAGAAUGCCAAGCUGGCUGCCCAGCUUCAUGGCUACAGAAAUGACCUGAACCAGGUUCUUGUCAUGAAGGACUCCCAACACAAGCAAAUUCUUGCUGCCCAAGUAGAGAGCAUCAGUGUCCUGGAAAGAGAGAAGGAAGAACUCAAGAUCCAUAUUCAGGCACUGGAAACAGAUCUUGUGCAAGGAAAGAUUUCUCCACUGGAGAAGGAAAACUUGAGCCAGGCCAGUGAUGGACGUGUUAGGGUAGAUAAUAGUGAUGCACCAGGGAAGGAGGUGGAGAAGCUGAGGGAGCAGCUUGAGGCUGCUAGGAAGCGCAUCACCACCUUGGAAGAGACCUUGGAAUUGGAGAGGGAAGCCCAGGUAGCUCACGGCGAAGAGCAGAAGAAACUGCAUUGGGAGGGCAGUGUUCUGCGAACUGAGGCUGAAACAGCCGAGGAGAGGGUGGCUGAGCUGGCACGAGACCUGUUGGUGAUGGAGCAGCAGCUUCUAGAGGAGAGGGAGGCAGCUGCACAACUUCGAGCUCAGAACCAGUCCUUUGGUCAAGCCAUGGCCUCAUUGCAGGCCGCAAGAGAUCAGGCUGUCAGUGAGGCCAAGGAGCUGCAGCUACGUUUAGAUGAACAUAACCAGACAAGUCGCUCACCAUCUCCCCCAAGUGGCUCUAAAGGCGAGGUGUGGAGUCUCAAAAAUGCACUAUCAGCACUUCAGAAUGAUAGGGAAAGAAUGCUGGAACAGCUACAGUGGCAGAGGUCUGAAUUAGACCGGCUCGGAUCAGGUGAACUGGCCCAGCUCACUCAGGCUCUGGAGGAAGAGAGGAGAAGGACAGGAGAAAGAGAGAAGAUCAUGGCCCAGAUGGACAGAGAUAAGCAAGAACUGGAGAUGCUCAGGCUGGAGAGGAUGGACUGGCAGGGCCAGGCCGAACUCCUGAAGCAGCAGACCCUGACCACCCUUUCAUAUCGUGACCAACAGGUGCGCCAGCUUACUGCCAUGCUGGAGGAAGCACGGGCAUCAAAACUACGGCACGAGCACCCUCAAAGACAGGGAAACCUUGCAGUAGAUGCUGCCCCUGGUGGCCCUCUUGAGCACAAUGAGGGAUAUAAAUCUGAGUGCAUUGAACUCCAGAGAAGGCUGGAUGAGGAGAUAGAACAGAGACUCAGGGUAGAGGAGCAGCUCAUUGCCGCACAGGAUCACCUCAAACGUAAUGCUCUGGGCGAGUGGCAGACAGCAUCUGAAGCAAAGAUGUCAGAGACGGCUGUCCUUAUUGAGCCACCAGAGGGCGCCAUUUCUAGGACUCGAAGUGGGGGACCUGGGCUGAUGCGGAUGAUGCGAGUCAUGUUCUGUUCUCGCCAGCGCACCCCUCUGCUGGUGUCACUGUACCUGCUAACGGUUCACGUGCUGCUGCUGUUAUGCAUGGGAGGAUAUCUGUGAAAAAGACCCAGAACACAAUACUGAGAAAUACAGAGCAUGCUUUACUGAAAGAGAGACGGUUACAUACUCAUUGGUUUAUUAUACAAAUCAAACUGACACAUUAAUUAACACAGGGUUAACACAUUUAUGUUUUUGCUUUCUUGCUUAUUUACCAAAGUUACAUCUAAUCUGUUUGUUUUGAUCAGAAUGCUCUUUGCCAAAAUCAGCAGCACCCUGUUUUACAGAGAUAGUAUCACCUAAAAAUGAAAGUUCUCUCAUCAUUUACUUGCCCUCAUGCCAUCCCAGAUAUGUAUGGC